CACCUUCACUCGCACCCGAGCUGUUGGAACAGUGCUAAUUUUAAAAUAUCUAUUUUCGUGAUAAGAGAUCGCGUUUGAUCCAUCAUGCGCGAUGAGGGGCGGAAUGUGUCGUCGCGCUUCAGUACCAUAUAUCUGAUUGGUCUGGGAUUGACCACAGAAGCGCCCUCGUUAAAACCAUGUAGGUACGCGCUCACAGGAGAGAAAGGCCACAGGAACUGGCUACAGUAAACAGAAACAAGACUGAGAACGAGUAAAAUGACUUCAAUGCUUUUUUACGAUGUCGAAGGCCGAUUUUUCCUGGCCAAUGUCGCCUAACAGCGUGUAUCAACAUCCACACAGCUGGAGGAGGCUGUGCGAAACACUGCCUACAUUUACAUGCGGCCUAUCGAGCGGGCAUUAGUUCAGCCUUGCUGCGCACAUUCAAGAAUAAAAUGCAUCCCCUUCUCCUCGUUCGUUUCCUCUUUCCUUCAUUUCAUUAUCGUUGUGUUUCUGCUUGUACGAGUAUCUCGUCUGGCAUUCCCGGGUCUUUCACCAUCUUCAACUGUUGAUGUGUGCCUGUAUUAUUUAUCUACAACAUUGCUAGCUUCUAUUCGCCAUGAACGUGACGACUAGCACUUCAAAUAGCACCAAUGCUACCUCGGAGCGCCUUGGAUGGACGGAAACACCCAAUACCCGUGGCAGCAUUGAUAUUCUAUAUACCUGCCUUUCAACAAUUUUCCUCUGCUCUUGGACUGUCUUGCAUCUGAACAUUCCGUCUUGCUCAGACACCUCGAAAAAGAUUUUCUUGAGAAAACUAAAAUGGAUGGGAAUCGCUAUUAUAGUCCCGGAAUUUGUCACUGCGCUGGCUUUCAAUCAGUGGAAGCAGGCAUGGACAAUAAAACGUCGUCUAAAGACUGUGAGUUGGACACAGGCAUGGUUUUGCGUAUCAGGAGGACUGCGAUAUUCUGAAAUCGCCCCAGCCGACCCCAAUGUCCCCGGAUCUGUCGAGGGAAAAUACAGGCCUAGAGUUAUUCUGUUUUGUGACGAUAAAGGCAGAAGGAUCAUCCCGCCAGAAGCAAUACCCUCAAUCGGCCUCCCAAGCGAUGACAUGAUCAAGGCAGAGAAUAAGACUGAUAGUCUGUCACAACUAAUUGUCGUUUUGCAAGUAUCUUGGUUUACCGUCCAGUGCAUAUCCCGGGCGGCAGAGAAUCUGCCCAUCAGCCAGCUAGAGAUAGGCACUGUUGCCUACGUGGGCUGUACAAUGCUUACGACUGCCUUUUGGUGGUACAAACCGCUCGACAUUCGUUUAUGGAAGUCAUAUAGCGAUUCCGAAGUGGCCAUCCUUGACGAGGUUGGUUCGGGGUUAGAUUCCCCCAAGGCACAGAUCUGUCUAGGUUAUUACCGUUUGCCAAAUUUCGUUCUUCCGUCGGAGGUGAGGGCGAAAUAUCAGACAAACAGGACUGGGUCUCAGAAUGGGGGAUAUGAGUGGGUGGAAUAUGACGGCGAAGAUCUAUUUGGGUUUGAUGGCAAUGCCAUACGAGAAUCCGUGAUUGGUUCUAUCCUCGCCAGUCUACUCGGUUCAAUACACAUUGCCGCUUGGAACCUUCAAUUUUCUACCAAGUUUGAGAAAUAUGCGUGGAGAAUCGGGGCAUUGAUUGUCACAAUAUUGCCUAUUUUUGCACUUGGUCUUGGCUACUUAAUCGUGGUGGUAGAUCUCAUGAGGCCAAUAAGGUGGCUAGGGAAGGUUUCCGAUAAUGCUACGGUAUCGCCACCCUGGAACCAACGAACAGAAUCUAUGAAGCUACGACUAUAUCAUAGGUUCCAUUUGGAAAAGCUAGUAGCUGCGUGGGGGACACCUAAAGAUCGGCUGGGGCCCUUCUUUCGAAAUUGCUUCUUCGCUCUGUUUGGGCUACUUUAUUGUCCAGCAAGGUGGCUGUUGAUACAGCUCAUGUUUAACGCAUUCAAAUCGAUGCCAGCGGGUGUCUACCUUACAGUACAGUGGGCAGAAAAUAUUUUGCAUAUUUAGCUACAGUGUCACUGUCGGGGUUAUAUUUUAAUCCAUGUAUCUUUACAGCUCCAUAUCCAAU